AUGUCCUCGCUCCUCGCGCCGACGGCUCGCCCGUCGUUCCUUGCGCUGCGUCCCGCGCGCGCGUCGAACAUCUCCCGCGCGCGCGUCGUCGCGUGCCGCGCGUCGCGCGUCGACGUCGAAAACGACGACGCGUCGAGAUCGCGAUCCAUCAUGGGGCGUCGCGCGUCGCUCGCGUCAAUCGCGCUCGCGUCAUCAAUCGCGCUCGCCCCCCCCCUCGCCCCGAUCGCCCGCGCCGCCUCCGAUCCGGCCGCGCUCACGGACUACGUCACCGACACGAAGGACAUGAUCGCGAGGCAGCGCUCGCUCCUGCGCGUCGGCGACGGCGACCUGGACGCCUACGUCGCGAAAGCGGACGCGUACUUCGCGGGCUACAAGGCGCGUCUAUACACUGGUUCCCAUACGACCGCGUCCGCGUGGUGA